AUGGACUCGUCAGGCUCAGUGCCAGGCUCAUACACCCUCCACUGCGCGCGGUUCAAAGCCUCUCCGUUUCUGCCUCCUUCCGACAGCAAUCCCACGUCCAUCUCAUCGUCUGCCUGGUCACAACCACGACCUCUCAAGCCACUAGUCACAGGAGCCGCGCUUCAUCCGUCAGAAGACGAUCAACUACCACACAGCCGCAAACGACCGCGCCUUGACACAAAGUCAGUCUACAAUGACGAUUCCAUCACCACAUCAGAUCCAUCCUGGCGAGAAGCCCUCAGUCCUCCCCCGCUCGUCAACACAAACUACCGCAUCGCAGGCGGCCUCGACACGCCUACUGCGCUAGACAUGCAGAAAGAGGAAGACGCCCAUGAGUUCGACUACGAGGCCGACUGCAGACCGAACAGGUAUACUAGCCAAAAAUCACAUCACCCGGCAGAAUCCUACUUCCCGCAAACACCAGCCCCAGAUCGGUGCCGACGAAACAAACGGAGGCUUUCGCCCCCAGCACCGCCAACGAAGACAUGGGGAAAGACAGUUUGGGCUUUGACCGGUGGCUUAGCGGGCAGGGUCUUCAAUUUCUGCUGGAACACCACCUUCAAGGGCUUCUACGCUGGUGGGGGCGGUGGGUACACGUUCGAUAUGGGACCUGCGGAUGCUGGUACCUCUGGCAUGUGGACAGAGAUUGAUGCCAAAAAUGAUGUGUUUCGUAAUGCCGAUGCCUCUAACGACGCAGUGCGACAUGCCCGAGAGCGGACUCCGGUUCCUGGGGGGUUCCCUGGGGACAGUCCUGAAUUUAUCGAGGACUAUAUGUCCAGACUGUCGGUUCAACCCAGGCAGGAGAACACUUCAACCCCAAGUGUCAUCCCAGAUCAAGAUUCUCCGUCCAUCUCCCGGUACAACAGCUGGGUAGUGGUUGAUGGGGCCAACCCGGGGUCACCCUCGACAGAAUCUAGUCCUGUACGCAAGAAAUCGAGAGCGAGCACGGCGAAUCUCUAUGCUUCUCGACCAUCAUCUGCUCUCCGCCACCCAAGCCACACUGUCUCUCGUCCUCGCUUGACACCUCGAUCAUCGACACACAGGUCGUCGGCAUCAUAUGCGUCACCACGGGUUUCUAUGUGCGCAAGCACCAGCAGCGCUGGUCCAACACAACAUCAAUCAUGGAUCCCGAUCCCCACAGCAUCUGCGAUUGACCAACGCCAGGGCUCAGACAAACUUUCAAGGCGCCCGAGUGGUAUUCCCAGCGCCCACAGGGCCUCGCUCUCCACCUCUCGUCGGCAGUCAUCCGCUUCAGUCACCACAUCACCAAAACAGUCGCCCGAAGUCCGCAAAUUCGAACAGAAACUUCGUCGGAAAGAGGCCAAGCAAGAUGCUACGAUGAACCGAUUCAACAUGCAGUUGCAGGCCAUGAUUAAGGAAGGGCAGGCAGCUUUGGGGAGUCGGAUCGAAGUUGAAGAUUACCAGAAUGAUAGGAAUGUCGAUGAAGGGUACUUCGACAACGGAAUGCUGGAGCGAGAUGGGUUGAAAGAGUCGAGGGGCUGGGACGGUCGAGAUGAGAGGACAACGCUUGGUCCAGGAGCUUGGUCGUAG